AUGGCGAUGACGGAUGCUAUGAAUGAAGUGGACUACAUUACAGCCGAUUUCAACCAGAACAGCGACAGCAGCAGCGACUAUGACAGCUACGAGGCCAGUCUGAGACGUCACCCCUUGUGGAUGACAGAGGCUCAUUUUGUGUAUCAUCUAUACAGAGAUUCCCAGGGGCAGCUGGGAUUUGUGAAAGAUAUUAAGGGGGAGGCAAUCUGUUCUCCCAGGAAGUUACGAGAGCUGUGUCUGUACCAGACAGUGUCUGGCCCUGGGCGGUUGGAGUCCAUGAAACUCAACACUUUGCCCUCCGACCUCUACCCCUGCUUGCUGACCGAAGCCAUCCUGCAGCGCCAGCUCAAGCCUCAUCCCUUACACAAACACCUGAUCUUUCUCCCAUACAGAGCCUUCUACCUUACACAAACACCUAGUCUUUCUCCCAUACAGAGCCUUAUUCCUGUUGAAGAAAUGGUCUGCAGUGAUUAUCUAACAGUACCUGCAGACAACGGAGAGUCCAUGUCACUCAUGGACAGCCUGUCUAUGGGUCUACUCAACCUGAAGCCUCACUCCCGCCUCAAGUGUGUCAACUUUACUGGGUUCCGCCAUGACCGACGGCUUUGCAAAGAGCUUCUUAGGUUACCCAUUGUCUGGAUGAAACCUGGAGAACGUCAGUCAGGAUAUCUACACAGUGUUCUCAGGAAAACUCUGGCUAUCAGUAAGGACAAAGUACAGAGGUACUUGAACAGAAUCUCCUGCAUCUACUCCAACAUUGACCUUCUGGUCCGACACGGACACAACUUUGGUCCAGUGACAAUUGUGCUAGACUGCAAGCUGACCAUUGAUGAUGUUCUGAUUGGUUUAGCCUUGCAAGACCACUCCCCAUUCCGUUACAUAUGUCAGAGGGCGUGGCUGGAGGUGCUCCCUGACGUAUGCCUGCCAGUCUCAUUACUCAACAAAGUCUUGGAGCCAAGAUACCUAACCCACAUUGAGAUAGAGGACAGCGAGGUCUGUUCUGACUCCUCCAGAUGGGAGUGUCUGCUGGAGGGCCUGUCGUUGCUCUCAGAGCUUCAGUGUUUGUCUCUGCCCAACUCCAUCCAUGUGACACUCCUGCCGACGGCCACGUUACAGAUUGGCGGGGUUCUCAAGACACUGAGCAAACUCAGGAAGCUCAGCCUGGCUUCCUGCACACUCAGAGACUCCCUGGACAGCCUGCUGUCGAGCCUGGACUCUGGCCUCUUGUACCUCAACCUGCGAGACUGUCGCCUGACAUCCAUUGACCUCCGGGCUUUAAUGUUGUGGCCUGGGCUGACCGAUCUAAUGGAACUGAACCUGAGCAGAAACAAUCUCAGCUCUCUAGCAUCACUGAUUGCAAGACUGCCUGACCAGGCGCAUGGGCACGUGAUCACAUGUUUCUCUGUGUCCUACUGCUCGCUGUCCUUGGAGGGUAUCCGACAGAUCGUGCGACACUGCAUGGACUGUUCCUGCCUCAAGGUGCUGUGUAUCCAAUCAUUUAUACCCCCACCUCUGUAUGAGGUACGAUGCAUCCUCGAAGAAUGUGCCAACAUCUCCACAAUACAAAAAUGUGUUUUGCUGCCUGAAGCCUAUGCUUUCCCGGGCACACACAUCUCCCAAAGGUCAGACAACCACAGCCGCACAGUUGAAUUCUGUUCUCAGUACCUCGAUCAGUUGGGUCGAUCAGACAUUGAAAUAGAAUGA